AUGGUUGCUUUCUCCUCCAUCCUUCUCGCCGCCACCACGGCCAUCUCUGGCGUCUUUGCCCUCCCCGGCGAGCUCCCCGGCCAGGGCAGCCUCUUCAAGCGUCAGACCUACACCUCGUCGGCCACUGGCACCCACAACGGCUACUACUUCUCCUUCUGGACUGACGACCAGGGCAGCAUUCAGUACACCAACGAGGCUGGUGGCCAGUACAGCGCCAAGUGGUCCGGCAACGGUAACUGGGUCGGUGGAAAGGGUUGGAUGCCCGGUACUGAUCGCACCAUCAACUACACCGGCACCUACUCCCCCAACGGCAACUCGUACCUCGCCGUCUACGGCUGGACUCGCAACCCUCUCGUAGAGUACUACGUCGUCGAGAACUUCGGCACCUACAACCCCAGCACGGGCGCCACCCGUCUCGGGUCCGUCACCUCGGACGGCGGCGUCUACGACAUCUACCGCACCCAGCGCGUCAACCAGCCCUCCAUCGACGGCACCGCCACCUUCUACCAGUACUGGUCCGUCCGCCAGCAGAAGCGCACCGGCGGCUCCGUCAACAUGAAGAACCACUUUGACGCCUGGACCCGCUCCGGCCUCCAGCUCGGCACCCACAACUACCAGAUUGUCGCCACCGAGGGCUACUUCUCGUCCGGAAGCAGCACCAUCAAUGUUGGCGCCAGCGGCGGCGGCGGAUCUACUCAGCCUGAGAACCCUACUACUCCUACUAACCCCACCAACCCCGGCAACGGAGGCGGAUCCGGCACCUGCUCGGCUAAGUGGGGACAGUGCGGUGGUCAGGGAUGGUCCGGUCCUACUUGCUGCGUGUCUGGAUCGACUUGCCAGGCUGCUAACCAGUGGUACUCUCAGUGCUUGUAA